AACUCCACUUCGGGUAGCUCGUGUGCAGUGUAAGCUUUCGCGCUCUGGAACUUUUUCUUUCGUCUUCAAGCACCCAAAAGACCCUUUUAUUUUAUUUUCUUUUAUUCUCUGAUUAUUUUCUCGGGAGCCAAACAGAAUAAGCUGAUUGUUUUUGUUUUCGAAGACAGAGAUUUUACAGGGAUUCUCAAGUGGUUUGAUAAGGCUGAGACAAUAAUAUGGCUGUUUCAUCUUCAUUCUCCACCUGUAUGCUCUAUGGGCGGUCUUUUGGUUUGGAACAAGUGAAUAGCAGUGAAGAUUACAUGUGCAAUUAUUCAGGUCUCCACAGUAGAGUUUCGUUUUGUUCGAGGUCAUUUUCUGUGUCUAGCGACCUGAGACGUUCAAGAUUGGUUCAAAAUAGCAGGCUGAGUGAUGGUAUCCAGUGUCGUGCAUUGGAGAUUGAAAAUAAACCUUCGACUUCUUUGGGAAUGAAGUUUGAACUUGAUGAUGUUAUUGAAGCUCAACAAUUUGAUAGAGAUAUCCUCAGUGCUAUAUUUGAAGUUGCACGCGAAAUGGAGAAGAUUGAAAAGAAUUCUCGUGGAAGUCAAAUUCUUAAGGGUUUUCUAAUGGCUACCCUAUUUUAUGAGCCCUCAACACGUACAAGGCUUUCAUUUGAGUCUGCCAUGAAACGACUUGGCGGGGAAGUUUUGACGACUGAAAAUGCUAAGGAAUUCUCAUCAGCAGCAAAAGGGGAGACGCUUGAAGACACUAUAAGAACUGUUGAGGGGUAUUCGGAUAUAAUAGUUAUGAGGCAUUUUGAAAGUGGUGCUGCUAGAAGAGCAGCAGCAACAGCUGGAAUUCCCGUUAUUAAUGCAGGUGAUGGUCCUGGACAACAUCCAACACAGGCUCUUUUAGAUGUAUAUACAAUUGAAAGGGAGAUAGGGAAACUUGAUGGCAUCACAGUCGCCCUUGUGGGGGAUCUUGCAAAUGGAAGGACUGUUCGGUCUCUUGUUUACUUGCUUGCCAAGUACCGAAAUCCGAAAAUAUACUUUGUUUCUCCUGAUGUUGUGAAAAUGAAGGAAGAUAUAAAGGACUAUCUCACAUCAAAGGGAGUAGAAUGGGAAGAAAGCGCUGACCUAAUGGAGGUGGCUUCUAAAUGUGAUGUGGUGUAUCAAACACGCAUUCAGAGAGAGCGGUUUGGAGAAAGGGUGGACCUUUACGAAGAAGCUCGAGGCAAGUACAUUGUGGAUCGGGAUGUUUUGAAUGUUAUGCAGAAGCAUGCUGUGGUGAUGCACCCUCUCCCAAGGCUCGACGAGAUUACUGUGGAAGUUGAUUCGGAUCCAAGAGCUGCCUAUUUCAGACAAGCUAAAAAUGGUCUCUAUAUCCGGAUGGCCCUUCUAAAACUCCUACUUGUUGGGUGGUAAAGAGAGCAUCUUUAUUGAAUUUUUCAGGUUUUGACAUUUGUGCGAUUCCUUUGUUCUGGCUAGUUAGUCAAGAAAUUGUGAUAAGCCAGAACUGCAGGAUUGAUUUGGGUUGAACCAUCUCUAGGGAAUUCCCUAUUUUUGUCCAAGGAGAGUGUUGUGUUUUUUUGUUGUUGCAUUACAACAAUGUCUGCAUUGAAAAGAAUAGCAAGCCUUCAUUGGAUUAA